AUGCAGGGAAGGCGGGGUCACUGGAGCGCAAGGAACAAGCAGGCUCGGUCUCAAAAAGUUCCAGUCCAUCCAGCUUGCGGAUCGCGGCACCAGUCACCAACGAGCAGUCCCAUCGAGGCCAUCGAUGCGACUACCGCGUCAUACCUAUACCUCCUCGCACACUCUACACCACACCUCGUCUUCCUUCCCUCCUCCUUCUCACAUUACCACCACCACCUCACCCACGAGGACGUGGUGCACCAACUCGACCCCUCUGACGAUACCGCCCCGGCUACCCCUGUCGGGUCUGCCCCUGCGUGCAACAUCCGUCGGCGCGCGGACCGUGUCCACGCUACCAAAGUCGAGCGCCGCCCAGGCCCUAGCUACAGCAAGAUCAGCUGCACCGCGCUCACCACCGGCUUCAGUUUGCUUGGCCUUGCUCGCCUGACUCUUGCCCCUCGCGCCCGAGCGCCGCUCGGUUACGGACACAUCACCAGAUUCAUGCCCAGCAGCAACGCGACUGCAAACUAUCAUUCCCAGUCCCAGUCCCAGUCCCAGUCCCGCCCCCGCUCCCCUCCCCCUCCUCCGUCCUCGCGCUCGCUCGCCAGCCGCCUCGACCCCGCACCUACGGCGUCGGGUCACUUCGCUUCAUCCUCGCGCGCAUUUAGAUCAGCGGCCUCGGCGAUUCGCCCUUCCAGCUCCUCUGGUCCCUCUGGAAGCUACCGUUCCCAUUACGACGAUCGCUCCGUGUCUUCCUCGGCGGCUCAGUCCCAACCCCGCAAGCGAACCCACGCCGAGCCCGCAUCUCACGGCAGUGACGCUCACGAACACCAGCACAAGAAGAUGAGGCGCCAUCCCAGAAGACCCGCUAAGAACGGGCGUGGCGGAGGAGGGAAACCGCCCCCUCCGCCCUUACAACAACUCGAGCCGCCCCUGUUGAACCGCGAGGAGAUCUUGCGCCGGUUCCCCGUCACACUGAAACAGCAGUGGGAGGAGAACCCCAAGGCGCCCCUCGCAAACUACCUCGGUGGAGGCAGCGGCGGAGCCCAGAACCUCGGAGAAGGCGGCAAGGGCUUUGUCGUGACCGAAGGUUCUGUUAACGGUCAGAAAGUGUUCCGCCCCAAUAAGAAGGAGGCGGAGAAGCUCGCGGCUCUCAGUGCCGUGCUGCAGCUGCAGGCCAAUGGACUAGCUGGCGGCAGUGGAGCGUCAGCUGCCGUCGCGAAUGCCCCUGGCGGUGGAGAGACGGCCACUUUAUCCGACGGCUCAGAGCUCACGUACGACCGCGCACGCAACUUCAUGGAGUGGUACUGCAACAAGUUCAAGUUUGGCAAGCCCGACGUCGAGUACAUGAGCGCCGUGCAGCGCAUUCCGGGACGGAAGAAGGGCGGCCCCACGACGUGGGAGGCCGUCAUGAGCGUUUCUGGCCGGCACAUUGGCCAGGGUAGUGGACAGAACAAGAAGGGAGCUCUCAUCCGCUGCUAUCUCGACGUCACGAAGUACCUCGAGAGCUGCGACCCAGGGCUCUGGGCCGAGUUCGUCGAGUACGCCAAGCGGGAUCCGUUGAACCUCGGAAUGGCCCCGCACCUCGUGUUCAGCAUGAGCGAUGCUCUCUGUGACGAGGUCCAGGGCUUGUGCGGCGACAUCCGGCACUCAUUACUCUACUACAACGCUCCGCCGCCUGACGCUGCUGCGCACGUUCAGCAGACCAUGCCAGCGUGGAGCGCUGGACGGCGGUUCCACGCCUCGGCGUCCGAGCUGCAGGCCAAGAGCAUGGCGCUCCAGGACCGCCUGGCCGACUACGAGACGGACCCGAAGCUCGAGAAGAUGCGCGACACGCGUGCCGCGCUCCCCGUCCACACCAAGGCGACCGAUAUUUUGGCCCGCAUCGAAGUUAACGACGUAACGAUCGUGAUGGCCGCUACUGGAUCGGGUAAGACGACACAGGUGCCCCAGCUCAUUCUCGAUGACUGGAUCAACCGCGGCGACGGUGCCAAGUGCAACAUUGUGUGCACGCAGCCGCGUCGUCUCGCUGCCAUGUCCGUCGCUGAGCGUGUCGCCGACGAGCGUGGACAGCCCCUCGGACGUGAGGUCGGUUACCAGGUCCGUUUCGACGUCAAGGUGCCCCAACCAAAUGGAAGUAUCACGUUCUGCACGACGGGUAUCUUCCUGAAGCGCAUGCAGAGCGCACUCGGGUCUAACGCGAACCCGGAGAGCGUCGCUGCGAUGGACCAGGUCACGCACGUCGUCGUCGACGAGGUGCACGAGCGUGACGUCGACACGGAUUUGCUGCUUGUCGUGCUGAAGCGUCUCCUUGCGGACCGCAAGGCGCGCCGCAAGCCGAUCAAGAUUGUGCUCAUGUCCGCCACCAUCGACCCGACGCUGUUCCAGCGCUACUUUGCCGACGAGCGCGGCCUCGCCCCCGUCGCCGAGGUGCCCGGACGUACCUUCCCUGUCGAGCGCCACUAUCUCGACGAGUUCCUAGGCCAGCUCCAGAACAUUCCCCGCAACCAGGGCGGAUGGGUGUUUGACGACAAGAAAACGAUCGAGUACCUCGACAAGGAGCUGUCGCGUGACCCGGCCAACUUUGUCAAGACGUCGGGUAUCACGAGCAACGAGCUCGAGAUCCCGUACCCGCUCAUGGCGCUUACGAUUGCGCACGUCCUGCGCCAGUCCGACGACGGCCACGUCCUCGUCUUCCUUCCCGGAUGGGACGAGAUCAAGAAGGUCGCCGAUAUUCUGCUCGACAACUCGGGCAAGUACCCUCUACUCGGGCUCAACUUCAACGAUGCGUCCCAGUUCUCCGUGCACUACUUGCACUCCACGAUCCCGGCCGCCGAGCAGCGCGAGGUGUUCAAGCCGCCACCGCCCGGCGUCCGCCGUAUCAUUCUCGCAACCAACAUUGCCGAGACCAGUGUCACGAUUCCCGAUGUCGUGUACGUUGUUGACUCGGCGCGCGUCAAGGAGAAGCGGUAUGACCCGGACCGCCACAUGAGCUCGCUCGUGUCCGCUUGGGUCGGCAGCAGUAACCUUGGCCAGCGUGCGGGUCGUGCCGGUCGUCACCGUGAAGGAGAGUACUUUGGUCUGCUCUCGCGCCGACGUCUCGAGUCACUUGACCCGCACCAGCUCGUUGAGAUGAAGCGCUCCGACCUGUCCAACGUUGUCAUGCACGUCAAGGCGCUCAACCUCGGCGAGGUCGAGGACGUGCUUGCGCAGACGAUCGAGCCGCCCGAGCCGCCGCGUGUCAUGGCCGCUAUGGACACGCUGCGCAUGCUCGGCGCCCUCGACGGAGACCAGAACCUGACGUCGCUCGGUCGUGUGCUGCUGCAGCUCCCCGUCGAUGCUGCGAUCGGCAAGUUGUGUCUGUUUGGUUCCUUCUUCCGCUGUCUCGACAGCGCCCUGACCCUCGCGGCGGUUCUGACGAACCGCGACCCAUUCAUCGCCCCGUUGCUCGUCAAGCAGGAAGCGGACGCCGUCAAGGACAGCUGGAGCCCAGUUGCUUUCCGUUCCGACCCCUUCGCCGUCGUGGCCGCCUUCAACCAGUGGUCACUCAUGGACGACCGGGGCGAGUACGGUGCAGCCAACCGAUUCGCGAGCGACAACUUCCUCUCGAAGCCAACGCUGCUGCAGAUCAAGCAGGUCAAGGGGUCGCUGUUGCAGAGCCUGGAGCAGGCUGGUAUCAUCAGCGUCAGCGCAGGCGGGCACGUCCCACGUAUCGGACGACGGACGGAAGUUCCCCCCCAGCUCAGGCAGCACGACCACUCGCUUCCGCUGCUGGCUGCGCUUAUUGCGAUGGCGUCCGCGCCCAACUUUGCGAUCCGAACAAGCGAGAAGGCAUGCCGCACGUCGCAGGACAAGAUGGUGUGGAUCCACUCCAGCAGUGUCAACUCGCGCCGGCGCGAAGUCGGCGGACCCGAGGAGCCGAGUGCGUCGUUCAACCCCGCCGAGAAGCGGCUGUACGCCUUUGGCGAGAAGACGCGCAACGUUCCGCCAGGCGGCAACCCGAACAAUGCGCUCACGCAGAUCCGCAGCGUGACCCGCCUCGAUCCGCUGACGUAUAUGCUCUUUGGCGCCUACGAGCUCCAAGUCGCCUCGCGCGGUCUCGAGGCCGACGGCUGGCUGCCUAUCACGGGCAACCUGCACGCGCUCGACGACCUGCAGCGCCUCAAGACGCUCUUCGACACGUGCAUGCUGCGCGUCUUCGAGGGUGUCGGCAAGGCGCUGACCAAAGGAAGGGACGAGCGUUUCAACGCGCGCAACGCGGUUGACGUGCGCAACGGUUCGUCUCGCAUUCGGGACCGGGAAGAUCUCGACGAGGAGAACGAGAACGAGUCCGACGACGAGGAUUCAGACAUUGACGGACCGAACCGCAACGCCUCGUCGCAGAUCAAGUUCCAGGCCGAGCUCGCGCGCAGGAAUGCGCGCAAGGUCGAGCCGCUGAGUCAGGACGAGAUCCGCGAACUCGGCAUGCUCACGACCGACAUUGUGCGUAUCCUUGACGCGUACGCCGCCGAGCGCGAGGGCGGAAGUACGUACAACUCGAGGCCCAAUUCGCGCCCCGUCACCCCAGGCAUGGGGCGGGGUGGCCCUAUGGGCGGACACAUGGGUGGGGCCAUGGGAUCUCAUGCGUCCAUGGGUGGGAUGUCUGGACCCGGAUCGGGCGCCAUGACGCCCAGCGGACUCAGGCCCACGACACCGAGCAAUCCGAACGUGUACAGGCCGCCGCAGGCUAGGCGGUGGUAG